CAUUGACAUUUGACAAUGUCAUGAGACCACUUCGCCAGUACUACAUCUGUCUACCUCAUCAUCAUAAACACACACACACACUCACACACUCAACUCUCUUCACUUGUGAAUCACUGACAAACCCACCUCAAACCUUAAAACCAUAGCCCUCACUCUCUCCAUUAAAUCAUUAAACACUCUCACCAAAAUGGGCUACACAAUGGGUCUCAAUCUCCUCCUCCUAGUAGCCAUGGUGGCCACCAACAUUCUCUCUCUCUACCAUCUUUCCUCCACUCUCCAAUCCAAGCCCCCUCUCCCUCCCCCUGUCCCUGACCACCUCCUCCACCAGCUCACCACCAUACGCGCCACCAUCAACCACCUCACGCGCCUCCACCCCCCACCCUCUUCCACCCCUAAACAGCCCUCCACCAUCCCAUCUGAUCUCCUGCUCUACACUCACAUCUCCACCAUUGCUUCUGCUUGCCAUAACUACCCUGAUCUUCUCCAUAAGUACAUGAAUUAUACUCCCCUGAAGAGCUGUCCUCUGGACUCUGAUGUGGCGGAAUCACUCAUGCUGCGCGGAUGCCACCCUCUGCCGCGGCGGAGAUGCUUUGUUAAGACGGUGAGUAAGAUACCCAACUCACUUCCUGUCAGCCCUUUUGGUGGUUUACAAGAUAAUGCUGUUUUGUGGAAUGUGUAUAAGUGUAAGAGCUUUGGUUGUUUAAGUCCUUUUUUAGGGUUUGAUAUGAAAAGAGAGAAAGAUCAGUUGAUGGGUUAUAAGACAGAUCUAGAUCUGCCUAUUCAACAGUUGUUACAAGUUGCUAAGAGUCAUGGAGUUGUGUUGAGAUUAGGGUUGGAUAUUGGUGGUGGGACAGGGACUUUUGCUGCUCAUAUGAAGCUACAUAAUGUGACUAUUGUGACCACUACUAUGAAUUUAGGUGCGCCUUAUAAUGAGGCGGUGGCAUUGAGAGGAUUGGUGCCGCUUCAUGUGCCUUUGCAGCAGAGAUUGCCUGUGUUUGAUGGGGUGUUGGAUCUUGUGAGGUGUGGGCAUGCGGUGAAUAGGUGGAUCCCGGUGGCCGCGAUGGAGUUCUUGUUGUUUGAUGUGGAUAGAGUGUUGAGAGGGGGCGGGUUUCUUUGGUUGGAUCAUUUUUUUAGUAAAGCGGCGGAUCUUGAGAAGGUUUUUACGCCGUUGAUUGGGAAGUUGGGGUACAAGAAAGUGAAGUGGGCUGUUGGGAAUAAGAUGGAUUCUAGUGGUGUGAAGAAUGGGGAGGUUUAUUUGACUGCUCUUCUGCAGAAGCCAGUUUCGAAAUGAGGAUUUGCUUGAGUUAUUGCAGUCAAGUAUGAGAUCCGGUGUCUACAUUUCAGAGUAGCAUAUGGAGUCUCCUUCCAGAAUGGUGAAUUUAAGUGUAUCUACUAUCUAAGCUUGAACUGGGUAAACGACUAUUCAGCUGAUUUCUCAAAGGUAAUAUGGGGACAGUAAAAAUUACAAGGAAAACAACAGUCAGGCUGAAGAUCUACACGCAGUGCCAUUUGUUGUAUUUUUUGUACUUUUAGAUCAUGUAAUAGCAGUAUAGAUAAAACACCAAUAUGCAAAGUAGAUUUUCAAAGUCAUUAUUAAGAUUUACUAUGAUCACCCAGGUAGCUUACGGUUCAUGCCAACAACUCUGGGUUUUACCACUAGACGAAUCAAAUAUAACUAUCUCCUACCCUCCGCCUUGUUACAUGUUUAGAAGGAUAUGUAGUUAUUAAACUCAUAUCAUACACAUAAAAGUGAAAGAAAGUGCUCCAUUCAAAAUAUUUUGUGUUGAUUUGCUGGCUCAGUGAAACUUAUCAUUUUUUCGUGUUUC